AACCUAACCGAGAGAACUCUUCUAUAUUGCAAACAUGGCGUCCUCGCAGCAUGAGCAAAACAGUAAUGUUGAUACGUCAAUACCCAGUGUUCACUUACAGCACGGAGAGAGAAAAGCAGGGGCUAUAUCUUUUAGUUUUAGCAAAACUGUAAAUAAAUUCAAAUCUACUCGGGAUGAAGUUCUCAACGCAGAAGAGCGAGAUUAUUUAACCGGAAUUGAUGGGAAAGAAUUGCUAAGUACCAAGCCUGUGGACAAGCCAAGGGAGCUGAUCAUUCCACUCAUCCAGAGGAACCGCUGGUGUAGCAGGCAGGAGAACAGAGCUGGCCAAGUCCAGGUGCAUGGUGACGGAGGGGAGGACAAAACCAAAACACAGAACCCCUCUCAGGAGCAGGACUCUGUGGAAUCACAGGCUGUCAAAGAAAUUAUUGAAGAAUCCCAGAGGCAGCUUGAACUGUGGAAAAAUGGGGACCAGACAGACCCUAACCUCACCAUUCCCCUGCUGAUGCAGAACCAACCCCCACAGGGCUUUGAGGAUGGAGACCACGUCAAAGUAGACCUGCGGCCAGAGUCUUCCACAGAGGCAGACUACAACAGCGUUCCUGUGGAGGCGUACGGCCUGGCCAUGUUGAAGGGAAUGGGUUGGAAGGCUGGCGAGGGUAUUGGACGGACCUUCAAACAAGAUGUGAAACCUAUUGAACACCAGCUGAGGCCUAAGGGUCUGGGUUUGGGAGCUGACCGCUCUGCUAUAAGGGACCUGGAGCCCAGUGGGCCAAGGAGACCCCCUAAGCCAGGUGAUGAGCAGAAGGAGGAGACCCUAGUUCUGGGGCCUGGAGGCUAUGUGCUGGUGGAGUCUGGAGCACACAAGGACCUGUAUGGGAAGAUUGAAGGGGUGGAUCCGGACAAUGCACGAGUAGUGGUGAAGCUCGCGAUUGGAAGCAAGACUGUGACAAUCAGUCAAUAUGCAUUGAAACUGGUUGCCCACACAGAAUAUGACAAGAACUGCAAAGACCUCAGUCGGCUCAGCAGGGCCCACAAAGAAAAAGAAAAGGAACUGCAGAGACGGGAAGACAGGGAGAAAGAAAGAAGGAAUAAUGAAGAAGAGGAGAGGAAGAAAAGUAGAUCUUCUGAGAAGGACAGAGAUGGAGGAAAGGACCAAAGAAAAAGGAAGCAUAAAGAUUCAAGUCAGGACAGAGAGAAGCCCCCAGUGAAGCUACCCCCUGCUGCCCCCUCCUGGCUCCAGAGAGACCUGAAAGUUCGCUUUGUAGAUAAAGCAUUUAAAGGAGGGAAAUAUUACAAUUCAAAGAUGCGGAUAGAGGAUGUCUUGACACCAAACAUCUGUAUUUGUCGUACUGAGGAAGGAAGAUUCUUAGAUGAUGUUAAACAGACCAUGCUGGAGACCAUUGUACCAAAGAGUGACUCGGAUGACAUCAUGGUUGUACUUGGUGAACACAGGGGACAGGUGGGCCGUAUCCUCCAGAGAGACCGGGACCGGUGCAAAGCAAUGGUGCAGCUGGACAGAUAUGAGGAGAAGGUGUUCACCCUGGACUAUGACUCUAUCUGUCAUUAUGUAGGUGGAGAUCACUGACUCUGUUGCUUACCAUCUCAACCAGCGUGCCCCAAUGUCUCAAAGUGGAUAUGUCUGUCUUCAUUUGACCUAGUGGUGUCAUAAAGUGCUACGUCUGUACAGUGAGUUAUUGUAGUUCUAUCGUAGCCUUGUGCAAAUCAUUCUGAUCUAAAAGGAAUGUCCCCUUGUGAGAUCAGGAUGGUUCAUGAGGGCGGUAUAUUGUACCUUUGUAAUAAAAUAAUUUCAACAAAG